CUACGAAUAAUGCGUUUAGCCGCUGUGUCGACAAUUAUAAAUACGAUAAAGAAUAUUCGUUUGCGUAAAAUCGAGAGUAGUGUUUGUAAGAAUAUACUGGAAUUCAUCGUUUCUAAUCGACCGCUAUUUAUUCGCGCAUCAUCUUAUUCCACGGUUGAAGUGUCGAGUCGUUUGAUAGAGGACUGCAAAGAGAAUCGAAAAAUGAUGGAAAAAUUGCAAUAUCCUGAGCCGAGUCGUGAUGAAACUGUUGUCGAUAAUUAUCAUGGAGUCGAGGUUUCAGACCCAUACCGGUGGUUAGAAGACCCAGAUUCUGAAAAAACCAAAGCAUUUAUCGAUGCCCAAAAUGCCAUUACUAAACCAUAUUUGCAAUCAUGCAGUGCACGUCAAGAUAUUUAUGAUAGAUUGAAACAGCUGUGGGAUUUCCCAAGAUACUCAUGUACCGCUAGACAUGGGGAUAAAUACUAUUUCAAUAAAAAUACGGGUUUGCAAAACCAAAGUGUUUUAUAUGUGCAGGAUUCACUAGACAGUGAACCAAGAGUAUUUUUAGAUGUAAAUAACUUAUCAGUAGAUGGUAUUGUUGCCAUCAGUAUUAGUAAUUUUAGUGAAGAUGGUAGUAUUUAUGGAUAUGGAUUAUCUGAAAGUGGAUCUGAUUGGUGCACAAUUCAUUUUAUGAAUGCAGAAACUGGUGAAAAAUAUCCAGAAGUUUUGGAGAAAGUCAAGUUUUCUCGGAUAGCAUGGACUCACGAUAAUCAAGGAAUUUUUUAUGGUUGCUAUCCAGAGCAGACAGGUAAAACUGAUGGAUCAGAGACAGAAGGUAAUAAAAACCAUAAGUUGUGCUACCAUGUUAUUGGAACACCACAAUCAGAAGAUGUUAUUGUAGUUGAAUUACCUGAAGAACCUUCAUGGAGGAUAGGGGCAGAAGUUUCCGAUUGUGGGAAGUGGCUGAUUGUCACAGUUGUGAAGGACUGCAGAGAUAAUUUAGUAUAUUUCACAGAAUUGAAAUCAGAAACAAAGUUUAAUGAAAAAUUACAAUUAACUCAAGUUGUUGAUAAAUUCGAAGCUGAUUAUGAAUACAUAACAAAUGAGGGUACCAAGGCUAUAUUCUUAACAAAUAAAGGUGCACCAAACUACAAACUAAUAGCUAUAGAUUUCAUGGAUUAUAAGGAAGAAAAAUGGGUUGACCUCUUACCGGAACAUCCAGAUAAUGUAUUAAGUUGGGUCUGCGCAGUUGAUGGUGAUAAAUUUGUAGCUUGUUAUAUUGAACAUGUCAAGAACAUAUUACAAUUACAUAGUUUAAAAACCGGCGAGAAACUCAAAACAUUUCCACUCGAUGUAGGCAAAAUAAGCAAUUUCACAGGACAGAAAAAGUUCUCUGAAAUAUUCUACCUGUUUACAUCCUUUUUAACUCCUGGUAUUAUAUACAAAGUUGACCUUAAAAAGGAUGAAGAUCCACAGAUAUUACGAGAGAUCAAGGUGAAAAACUUUGAUGCAAGCUUGUACAAGACUAGUCAAAUAUUUUACACUAGUAAAGAUGGUACAAAGAUUCCAAUGUUUAUUGUAAUGAAGCAUGAUGCAGUUUUAGAUAGCUCUAUGCCAACUUUAUUGUAUGGUUACGGAGGGUUUAAUAUAAGCAUUCAACCAGCAUUUAGCGUCACCAAACUAGUUUUUGUACAACAUUUAAAUGGAGCAGUAGCGGUCGCGAAUAUUCGAGGAGGGGGUGAAUAUGGUGAAAGAUGGCAUAAUGCCGGACGGUUCUUUAAUAAACAAAAUGUAUUUGAUGAUUUUCAAGCCGCUGCUGAAUAUCUAAUCGAAAACCGUUAUACUACAUCAUCAAAGUUAAGCAUCAUGGGUGGUAGUAAUGGGGGACUGUUAGUUGCUGCGUGUGCAAAUCAAAGACCCGACCUCUUUGGAACUGUAAUUGCCCAAGUUGGGGUAAUGGAUAUGUUACGAUUUCAUAAGUUUACGAUUGGUGCUGCUUGGGUAUCCGAUUAUGGCAGUUCCGAUGAUCCCAAACACUUUGAGAAUCUUUUGAAAUAUUCACCCUUGAAUAACGUAAGGGUUCCAGAAAAUGGACAAUAUCCAGCCAUGAUAUUGCUGACUGCAGAUCACGAUGAUCGCGUCGUACCAUUGCAUAGUCUCAAACUCAUAGCAACUUUGCAGCACACACUUGGAAAAUUACCACAACAAACAAAUCCAUUACUUAUCAAAAUAGAUACCAAGGCUGGACAUGGUCGUGGAAAACCUACUAUGAAAGUGAUUGAGGAGUGUACAGACAUUAUAGCGUUUAUUGUCAAGUCGUUAAAUUUGGAAUUCAAAUUGUAACACACACGACAGAUAUCAACAUUUUUAAAUUUUAUACUAUGUAUAAGUCUUUUUAACGUAUUUGAAAACAUU